AUGCGCCCAAGAUGCGAUAGGAAUUCUCUAAACCGUGUUCCAUCUAUCUAUCUAUCUAUCUAUCUAUCUAUCUAUCUAUCUAUCUAUCUAUCUGUUAAUAUGAAUGUAUGUAUGUAUCUAUCUCAGUCUGUUCAUAUAUCUAUCUAUCUAUCUAUCUAUCUAUCUAUCUAUCUAUUGCAGUUUUUGCAUGUCCAUCUGUCACAGUGUGUUGAUAUCUAUCUAUCUUUCACAGUUUGUUCUUUUCUAUAUAUCUAUCUAUAUAUCUAUCUAUCGAAGUUUGUGCAUAUCUGUCAGUUUGUUCAUAUCUAUCUAUCUAUCACAGUUUUUUUCUAUAUAUCUAUCUAUCGUAGUUUGUGCAUAUCUAUCUGUCACAGUAUGUUUAUAUCUAACUAUCUGUCUAUCUAUCUGUUACAGUUUUUUUCAUAUCUAUCUAUCUAUCUACCUAUCUAUCUAUCUAUCUAUCACAGUUUUUUCAUAUCUAUCUAUCUAUCUAUCUAUCUAUCUAUCCCUGAUCGAGCAGCUGUAUCCCCUCUCACGGACUUCAACCACCAGUUCCACAUACGGAAUCCGCUUUCUUUCAUUAGCCUCUUCAAUCCCUUCUUCUCAUGCCACUGUCAGUUCGCCAAGCAACAGAUGUUUCUUGUCGCUAUCAAUUAA